GUUGCGAACCACACGCGUAUAGGUAGCCAGCCAGCAAAGUUCGUUCGUUCCUAGAAUCCUAGGCACUAGGCAGCCAAGUAGUGAUGAUGGAUCAGCUGUCACUGUGUCGUGGACUGGCGGCACGGCGGCGGUGGUUUCGAACGGCCGCGUGUCGUGGACUGGCGGCACGGCGGCGGUGGUGCCGAACGGCCGCGCGGCCGGCGGCGCUGGCGAUCACGGUGAGCGUGGUGACGGCCGCGGUGCUCUUGGCCGCCGCCCUCUUCGGCGUCCGGUUGACGCCCUCGGGCUCGGGCGGCAACAAUACCUGGGUCUUGGACGGAGGACGUGCCGUCCUGAAAGCCGGCACCGCUCCAUUUGCGACGGUGCCGGAUCCCCGCGACCCGACUCUGGGCGGCCUCCUGUCGCCGGACUUCAAUGACAGCUCCUGCCUCAGCCGCUACCGAGUCUCGCUCUACCGCCGGCCAUCACUGCACGCCAUCUCCUCCUACCUCGUCUCCGCGCUCCGCCGAUACGAGUCGCUGCAUCGCCAGUGCGGCCCCGGCACACCCGCCUACGCGCGCGCCGUCGAACGCCUGCGCGCCGCCGCCGCGUCGAACGCCUCCGCCGCCACUUCGUCUUCCCCCGGGUGCAGCUACCUCGUGUGGAACCCGGUCGAGGGCCUCGGCAACCGCAUUCUCUCCCUCACCUCUGGCUUCCUUUACGCGCUCCUCACCGACCGCGUCCUCCUCGUCCACAGCGGCGGCGACGCCCUCGACGACCUCUUCUGCGAGCCGUUCCCGGGAUCCACGUGGAUCCUGCCAGCGGACAAGGACUUCCCUAUCCGUGGCAUGGAGCAGCUCAACCUAGGGCACCACGAGAGCCUCGGCUCCGUGCUUAGGCGCGGCGAGGACCCCGGCGUGGCGCCAUGGCUGUACGCGCACCUGGUGAACAACUACGACGCCCAGGAGAAGCAAUUCUUCUGCGACGACGUGCAGGCCCAGCUGCGCCGCGUGCCGUGGCUCGUGUUCCACUCGGACAACUACUUCUUGCCAGCCCUGUUCCUGAUCCCGCGGUACGAGCGGGAGCUCGCGCGCAUGUUCCCGCGCCGCGACUCCGUGUUCCACCACCUCGGUCGCUACCUGUUCCACCCGAGCAACACGGUGUGGAGCAUGGUGAUGCGGGACCACGACGAGUACUUCGCCAGGGCCGACGAGCGCGUGGGCAUCCAGGUGCGCACGUUCAGCUGGGCGCCCAUCUCUACCGACGAGCUCUACGGCCAGAUCCUCAACUGCUCGCAACGCGAGGACAUCCUGCCCGCCGUUCCCAGCGUCGGCGAGCUCGCGGCGAACGCCGACGGCCAGCCGGCGAAACAGAAGGCCGUGCUCGUCGUGUCCCUGCACGGCGAGUACUCCGAGAAGCUCAGGGACCUGUACCAAAAGAACGGCUCGACGGGCAGGGAGGCGGUGAGCGUGUACCAGCCGACGCACCUGGGCGCACAGCGAUCCGGGGAGAAGGAGCACAACCAGCAGGCGUUUGCGGAGAUGGUGCUGCUCGGUUUCUCGGACGCGGUGGUCACCUCCGCCGUCUCGACGUUUGGAUACGUUGGUCACGGGCUGGCAGGGCUCAGACCUUGGGUGCUCGGGAGCCCCGUCGAUGGGAAGGCGCCUAACACGCCUUGCCGGCGCGCCACUAGCAUUGAGCCGUGCUUCCACUCGCCGCCGAACUACGAGUGUCGCGCGAAGGGCGAUGGUGACACAGGCAGGAUGGUGCGGCACGUCCGACACUGCGGGGAUUUCCCCCAGGGUGUGCAGUUGGUGGAGUGAUGAACUACAUACUGCUGUUAUUAGGUUCUGUACAUCAUCCUACAAAGUUUUAUAUUUGCAUUUGUGCAUCGGUGUAAAGCCACCGCGGGCACCACAGUAGUUCUCGUUUGAUAUUAUAAUGAAAUGUAACUGAGGACCAAUGGUGGUCACCCUUCGAUGA